AAUUUAAAAUUGGAUUAUUAUUCGGGUCGGGGUCCGGAUCCGGAUCCGACCUGUUGCCACCCCUAAUAAGUUGAAAAACGUUCGCAGUUCUCGAUCUCCUCGGGAGUUUCAGUCCUUUAUUCCCUCUCAAUAUCUCGAGUGUCGACCAUUAGAGUUUAGCAUAACAGUUCUGACCUCGAAAGUUGAAACCAUCUCUCUAUCGCUCUUGAAUGGCUUCCGAUUUCACUGUAACACAACGACAGCAGCUGCUUGUUCAAGAGAAGGUGGGAAAGAUACUCAACACCUUGAUUGGCGCCUCUCCCGGUACCAAAGAUUUACUGCUGGAGCUUUGGUAUGAAAGACACAUUGAGUUUCUCAAUGCAGGCCUUAAGCAACUUGGACCCGGUUAUAGUGUGUUAGAUGCCAAUCGCCCUUGGCUUUGCUAUUGGAUUAUUCAUUCAAUUGCUUUAUUGGGAGAUUCUGUUGAUGACGAACUGGAGGAUCGCGCAAUUGACUUUCUUUCCCGUUGUCAGGAUACUAAUGGUGGAUAUGGUGGAGGACCUGGCCAGAUUCCACAUCUUGCCACAACUUAUGCAGCUGUGAAUACACUAAUCACUAUAGGAGGAGAAAAGGCUUUGUCAUCAAUAAAUAGAGACAAAAUGCACAUGUUCCUGCUGAGGAUGAAAGACCCAUCUGGAGCUUUCAGAAUGCAUGAUGCAGGUGAAAUGGAUGUCCGAGCUUGCUACACUGCAAUUUCUGUUGCAAGUAUUCUGAACAUUCUGGAUUAUGAGCUUGUACAGAAUGUUGGAAAUUAUAUAUUGAGUUGCCAAACAUAUGAAGGUGGCAUUGCUGGGGAACCCGGUUCUGAAGCUCAUGGUGGGUACACAUUCUGUGGAUUGGCUGCAAUGAUUCUGAUUAAUGAGGCUGAUCGUAUGGACUUACCGAGUCUUGUUGAUUGGGUUGCAUUUCGUCAAGGAGUAGAAGGCGGGUUUCAGGGUAGAACAAAUAAACUGGUUGAUGGUUGUUACUCCUUUUGGCAGGGUGGUGUCCUCGUGCUGAUACAAAGGAUGUCAUCCAUCAUUGACAAACAACUGAAGGUCUCACAUAUUGAAGAUGAGAAAUUGUCUAUGAAGCACACAUGCGAAUCUGCAGAUAACUCAUCUGAAGAGGAAAGCAGCACAGAAGGGUACCUUUACCAAGAUAGAACUAUCCCUUCAUUUAAAGAUUGUGGUUCCUCUUUCAUCAAGGAAAGCAUUGAUUGGGGUCCUCUAUUCAAUUGUGCUGCAUUGCAGCAAUACAUACUCUUGUGUUGUCAGGUUCUAGAGGGAGGUUUCAAGGACAAGCCUGGAAAGGCAAGAGACCAUUACCACACUUGUUACUGCUUAAGUGGUCUCUCUGUGUGCCAAUAUAGCUCUUCAAAAGACCUGGGAGUUACCCCACCACCAAAUGCUGUGCUAGGCCCUUGUUGCAACUUGUUGGAACGAGUCCACCCCCUCUACAAUGUUGUGUUGGAGCGAUAUCAAGACGCACAUGAAUACUACUACAUUUCCUAGCUGAUAUGAGUAUUCCAUGUACGUUUAUUUUAGGGGUGGGAGACAUGGUUAGUGUUUCCACUCCAUAGAAACCUGAAAAUGAACUUUGUUUUACUCUUCUAGAAUGUUGGAAAUUUGGUGCUCUUGUUGUGUUUUUCUUGAUGUUUGGGGAUUUAUUGAAAGUUUCUAUCAUGCGGUAGGUUGGUUUAUAUGUAAUGAUCAUGUACAGAACGAUCCCAAGGGAGCAUAUACUAUACACGUAUUCCCUUGGCGUAAGUUCUACCUAGAAUGAUUAUUUUAGGAUUCACCGAAUAGUUAUUUAGAAAAAAUGUGUCUUGAGCCCUUUACUAUCUGGACCUCCCAAAUAGUUGAUGAUAUCUGUUUAGUCAUAUGAUAUUUUUCGGACA